CACACACACACACACUCACGACACGAUCCUUGGCUUCAGCCAUUAGAGCAUCAGGAGGAUCGUCACACGAGAGGGAUCCAUCCAGCGCGCGCGAAUCAUCAUUUCACCACAGAUAUGGGUUUCCAUCGGUCUGUCGGAUGGACGACGGGAUCGGCUGAUUUCUGCACGAACACCGGAGAAAUGUUCGGAUAACUGGCAUCUGUUUUCAUGCCCAGCAUCUUUCUGAAGUGCUUCAGGGAGAGUUUCACAGCUUUUGCAGUGGAAGAACUGUGCAAUGAAGACCUCAAUGAUGGAUCUUAAAGUGGAACCUAUGGACAUUGAUUACGACCAGCCACCUCCCCUCCAAGUGUUCGCUCACACCUCGACUCUACACGGCAUCUCUCACAUCUUCUCUUAUGAGAAGAUCACGGCCAAAUGCUGCCUCUGGGUGGUGUUUUUCCUCAGCUCAUUGACCUUCCUCAUGUACGUCUGCGUCGACCGGAUUCAGUUCUACCUGGAAUACCCUCACGUCACCAAGCUGGACGAGAUCACGAUGCCCGUGAUGGUCUUCCCCGCAGUGACGAUUUGCAAUCUCAACUCCAUCCGCUUUAGCAGGAUCACACGCAAUGACCUGUACCACGCGGGGGAGUUGCUGGCACUGCUGAACUCAAGACAUGAGAUUCGGGACGCUCACCUGGUUGAAGAAAGCGUGAUGGAGGUUCUCAAGAGCAAAGCAGACUUUCGCCUCUUCAAGCCACGACACUUCAACAUGUGGGAGUUCUAUAAUAGAACAGGACACGACAUUAAAGACAUGCUGCUGUCCUGCCAGUUCAAAGGCUCGCCGUGCCGACCCGAAGACUUCAGCGUGGUGUUCACACGUUACGGGAAGUGUUACACCUUUAACUCUGGUAACACCGACCCACCGCAGAUCAGCAUGAAGGGAGGGAUGGGAAACGGCCUGGAGGUCAUGUUGGACAUUCAGCAGGAUGAAUAUUUACCAGUGUGGGGAGAGACAAAUGAGUCGUCGUUUGAGGCGGGAAUCAAAGUUCAGAUUCACAGUCAGGACGAGCCUCCGUUUAUAGAUCAGCUGGGCUUCGGAGUUGCACCAGGAUUCCAGACGUUCGUUUCCUGCCAAGAGCAGCGACUGAUUUAUCUUCCUGCUCCGUGGGGGAGCUGCAAGUCAGCCCCGCCAAGCUCGGAUUACUUCAAAACAUACAGCAUCAGCGCCUGUCGAACAGACUGCGAGACGCGCUACCUGGUGGAAAACUGCAACUGCCGCAUGGUGCAUAUGCCCGGUGAUGCGCCUUACUGUUCCCCUGUGCUAUAUAAGGAAUGUGCACAUCCAGCACUUGAUUUCCUUGUGGAAGCGGACAGCAACUACUGCUCAUGCGAGACUCCGUGCAACAUCACACGCUACAGUAAAGAGCUGUCCUUCGUCAAGAUCCCCAGCAAAGCGUCAGUCAAAUACCUCGCAAAGAAGUACAGCAAAUCUGAGAAGUACAUAACUGAGAAUGUCCUGGUGUUGGACGUGUUCUUUGAAGCUCUGAACUACGAAACCAUCGAGCAGAGGAAAGCCUAUGAGGUGGCGGGUCUGUUGGGUGAUAUCGGAGGACAGAUGGGACUUUUCAUUGGAGCCAGUAUUCUUACGAUUCUGGAGCUUUUUGACUACCUUUAUGAGGUAAUGAAAUACAGGUUGUGCCGCUGCUCCGACAAGAAACAUCACAACAACAACAACACUGAUCACGGCACCGUACUCGGCCUGGAUGACGUCAAGUGUCACGUCAGUAAAUUCCAUUAACAUUCCCGCAAUAUUCCAGCUGUUUGCCUGCCAGUCAUAUUCCGAUUACGUUCUACAUUUUAGCAGAUGGCAUCGCGACACCAGCACGGUUGUUUUCUACAGAUUGUUCUGGCAUCUUGUGCUUGUACUCUCUCUCUUUCUCUUUCUCUUAUGCCUAUGAAUGAAAAUUUUCUAGUAUUUUUCCAAAAAUGUUUUGUGGUUUUCUGAACAAGCUGAUUUCAUCUCCAUAAGGCAGGAAUGUCAAAAACGUUAAAUAUUAAUUAAAUGGUUCGAUCUUUGUGUGCCUGGCCUUUUGCAACAGAAAUGUGUCUGCUAAGCUUGAGGGGUUACUGUGUCAUAUUUGAUUAAUUCUGUGCAUCUUAAUAGCUAUGAUAUGGCUAUAAAUGCAUUGUGACAGACUAUUCAUUGCACAAGGCAUCGCAAGAGGGAACACCAGUCCGAAGGCUUGUAGUUGUUAUGAUAUGAGCAUGAUAUCAUCGGCCCAUGUCAGAUCAGAGAGACUAACCCUAGAUAUUCCCAGCGGGUGCAUGUGAGCUUCUGUCCGCAGUGUCACGUUUCUUUCGGGAGCUGGAGUGUGUGUGCACGUCUGUUAACGUUGUAUGCCAAUGCUCUGUGUGUGUGUGUGUGUGUGACUGCAAGUGCAUGAAUGUGUUUGUCUGUUUGUAAGUGUGUCUUUCUGCAUGUAUAUAUUACAUGUGAUCAUUUCUAGAAUGGAUGAGGAAAAGUUGAAACAACAGGUAUUUUUAAAAAGGAAAUCAAGUAUUUUUAAGUCUCUGAUGCAUUAGAUGUGUCAAAUGCCAGCAGAUAGUAUGCAGUGAUUUGUUGUGGAAUAUGGUAGUUUACGGCUAUUUUUUCAUGUCAGAUUUACAUUUGAGACACUAUAUUAAUCUCAUAUACAGUUUCUUUUCAGAAAAACCACACAAUUUUCAGUAUUACCUUCAAAAGGAGUCAAAGAUCAACAGUAUUAAUAUGUAAAUCAAACUUUUUCAAAUGAUUCAUUUUUCUGUAUUAUUAAUCUGUCUUAUUUUGAUGUUUAUCAUGUGGCUGUAAUAAAAUAUGAUUUUUUUAUGAAUAAACAUGCAUAAAAUGA